AAACCAGAUCUGCUAACUAAUUUACAAUAGAUCAUAUUAAUUCAAUUGUAAGGUGAAUAGCGAAAAUAUGAAAAAAAGAUUGGAAUAUGGACUGCAAUUUGGAAGGGCUAAACUUUAGAGUCAGUUAAUGAAUGGAAUGUAAAAUUUGUUUACAAUUACUAUACUCUAGUGAUGGAAAGUAGUUGGGCUGUGUGCUGAAAUAUUCAAUAAUUAUUGGAGCUAAGUUGAAGGAAAAUAUUUAAAUUGAAGCAUAGAUUAUGUAUUUGGAGAAUACUAUAAUGAUUAAAGGGAGGGUGUUUGGAAGUUCAUUAAUUAAGAUAAAGUGUUGUAUGAAUGAAAUUAUUUUAGUAAUGGGGGGCUUAUAUAAAUAAGGUUUAAAGAAUGGAAAAUGGAUAGAUUUGAAUGACAACUUCUGGAAGUAUUUAAUUUAUUUUUAAUUAAUUAGUUUGAUUUAAAUCAUAUAUUAUGGUGAAUAUAAGAAUGGUAAAAAGAUUGGGUUAUGAGAUAUAUUGUGU